CACAAUCCAGGAAUCAAGUCGUAUAAAAUGUAGCCAACAAUCUCAUCAGCUCUCCUAAUCAAUUCGUCCCAACCUUUCAAGAUUCUGUUAUACAGAAGACAGUCUCCACCUGAGUUGAAAAUAUGGACAGCUCUGUAACCUUAUGGCAGUUCCUGCUACAACUUCUUCUCGACCCCAGCAAUGACCAGCUGAUAUGCUGGACCAAUGAUGAUGGAGAGUUCAAACUGCUCCAGGCAGAAGAGGUGGCCAAGCUAUGGGGAGCCCGCAAGAACAAGCCCAGCAUGAACUAUGACAAACUCAGCCGAGCCCUGCGCUAUUACUACGAAAAGAACAUCAUCAAGAAAGUGAAUGGGCAGAAGUUUGUUUAUCGCUUUGUGUCCUACCCUGAAAUUCUCAAAGGAGAUGUCAUGGCCAGAGCUGAGGGUGCAGUAGAAGGAGGCGCAGGUGGGUCCUUGCCCCACCCUGAUAAGACGACCAGCAGCCUAAGGGACAAGGAGAGUAAGGGGGUCUCGGACCGAAGCAGUGGUUCCUCAGGGCAGCCAAAGCCCUCUAGCCGAAACGACUACAUUCACUCAGGCCUGUACACUUCAUUCACUCUGAACUCACUGCAGUCAGGAACGCAGCUCUUCAAGUCCAUUAGGAUCGAGAAUCCUGGAGAGAAACUGGCCGAGAAGAAAGCCCCGCAAGAUGUACCCCAGCCGUCAUCGGUUAUUAAAUUCGGGAUCACGCCUCCAAACAGGCAGCUGACACAGGCUACCGUUGAAGAGCCUCAAUCCUCGGCGCAGCCCAUCCAAACCCCACUCCAGACGGGUGAGGCAGCUACCAGACAGUCUGCCGUCCCUCAGGUCGUGUGUCUGUUUGAGGAAUCUCCUACCACAGAACAUACAGUACCAAGCCUUCCCUUCUCAGGGCUCUCCUCCCCUUUACCGCCUCGUACCCCGUCCCCCAGCGCAGUGCCUAACGCCCAGGACACAGAGUCCAGCUCCUCACAUCCAGCUGAGCAGCAGCAGCAGGUGCAGACCUCUUCUUUGGACCACAAUACAGCAGGUCCUGAGAGCGAGGUUUCUCUUUCUCCAGCUCGCAGCCAAAAUGGGAAAUCGAAGAAGCCCAAAGGCUUGGAGUUGAUGCCUACUCUGUUAGUGACCAACUCUGACCUGAGCCCCAUGAGUCUGUCUAGUCCGUCUCUGCCCACGCCCUCCCUCACCCCAGCCUUUCUGCAGACACCUUUGCUGCUGACGCCCAGUCCACUCUUGUCCAACAUCCACUUCUGGAGCACGCUCAGUCCCGUCGCCCCCCUCAGCCCCGCCCGCAGACAAGGAACACACACGCUGUUCCAGUUCCCCUCAGUCCUGAACCCCACUCAGUUCUCACUGCACAACCUAGAUGGCACCAACACCCCAGGGCCUCUGUCCCCAGACCCUCAGAAGACAUAGAACAGAAAAGACUGCUCAUCCGGGUGGGUUAACUGCAUCCUCACCUCCUUUCUUCAUUUUUAAACACAAAAAACCAACCUCAGCCUGACCAAAUCUACCCUUCCUCUGCUAAAUGAUCGAUAAGGAGACAUUUCUCAUAAGAUUAUGGUUAACUUCUGUCAUUCACACCUGGAGUGAGGAAACAACUGUUCCCUAUGGAUGCAAUUUUCUCAAAAGGACAAGAAGCCAUCGUUUAGUUGUAGGUAUGUGGGAUACCAGUCACUCUCCACAGAGGAUUACCAUUGUUAUUGUUUUCCCCCCCUGUUAUAGUAUUGUGUCUCUCCACAUGCGCUGGCCUUUUUUAAGUAUGGCAGUUGGCUUUCGGGGACUUGCCAUUGUGACUGAUGGCAGUUGACUUGUUGAUCUGUAUCAGUGAAAAGAGUGUCAUGGUUUUUCAAAUAGCAGCAGUUCAGCCUCAUUGCUUACGACCACUGAAAAGGCCAGUGUAGAACCUUGAUGGUGUCUG